UCUCCGCAGAGGUGCGCAAGAGAGCAGAACGCACAGAGGGAAACUUGGAGAGGCUGUGGGAAACCUGAAAUCCGCAGCGUGUAAAGUAGUGCGUCUCCUCAAGUUUUUUCCCCGAAGAAGGAAGGUUUAACUAUUGGUGUGCAACUUUUGUUUCAUCUCGCCUGUAAAAAUGUCCGGUGGUCCUUUGGGCACGGCGCUGGCAGUGACUUUGCUCGCCUGCGCUGUGCAGUGUAUGCCGAAAGUAACGGGGAAACAUAAGAGACAAGCGCACGAACAUUCGGUAUCAUCCGUAACCCAAGAUGGCUGUGUUGAAAAUGGUAACUAUUAUGGAGUUGGAGAGCAGUGGGAACGAAGUUAUCUGGGCAGCAUGUUGGUCUGCACUUGUCAUGGAGCGUCUGGUAUUAAGUGUAAAUCAAAACCAGAAGCUGAGGAGACCUGCUAUGAUAAAGUAAACGGUCGCUCCUAUCGAGUUGGAGAGACUUAUGAAAGGCCCAAAGAUGGAAUGAUCUGGGACUGCACAUGCAUUGGCUCUGGUCGAGGGAAAAUCAGUUGCACCAUUGCAAACCGCUGUCACGAGGGAGGUCAAUCCUACAAGAUUGGAGACACCUGGAGGAGGCCCCAUGAUACUGGAGACUACAUGCUCGAGUGUGUCUGUUUGGGCAAUGGGAAAGGAGAAUGGACUUGCAAACCCGUUGCCGAGCGCUGUUAUGACAACACUGCUGGCACGUCUUACAUGGUUGGUGAGACCUGGGAGAAGCCCUACCAAGGCUGGAUGAUCGUGGACUGCACCUGUCUAGGAGAAGGAAGUGGACGCAUCACAUGCACAUCAAGAAACCGCUGUAAUGACCAGGACACACGCACCUCUUACCGCAUCGGAGACACAUGGAGCAAGACCGAUUCUCGCGGACACCUGUUGCAAUGUUUGUGUACUGGUAACGGCCGUGGAGAGUGGAAGUGUGAGAGACACGCGUCGCUGCACACCACCAGCCUGGGUACGGGGUCUCGCGUGGUAACCAACGUCCAGCCUCUGCCGCUACCUGAAAGCCCAUUAGAGGGAACAUGUGUGACGGACGCUGGCGUUUCAUACUCAUUGGGCAUGCGCUGGAUCAAGACACAAGGCAGCAAACAGAUGCUGUGUACCUGCUUGGGGAACGGCGUUAGCUGUGAAGAAUGGGAUAGCAGGACUCAGGUGUAUGGUGGCAAUUCAGGCGGGCAGCCUUGUGUGUUCCCGUUUGCGUUCAUGGGGAAAACGUUUUAUUCCUGCAUUUCUGAGGGGCGCAAUGAUGGACAGCUCUGGUGUAGCACCUCGUCUGACUUUGAGAAAGAUUACAAGUUCUCCUUCUGUACUGGAAAGAAUGGUUUAAUAACAACCAGAGGAGGAAACUCCAAUGGUGCCUUGUGUCAUUUCCCUUUCCUCUACAACGGUCGUAAUUACACUGACUGCACUGCUGAUGGCAGAAGAGAUGGUAUGAAAUGGUGCGGCACCACUUAUAACUUUGACGGAGAGCAGCGGUUUGGCUUCUGUCCCAUGGCAGCUCAUGAGGAGGUGUGCACCGCUAGUGAGAGUGUGAUGUAUCGUGUGGGUGAUCAGUGGGACAGACGGCACGAAGUGUUGGGUCACAUGAUGCGCUGCACGUGCGUCGGUAAUGGACGUGGAGAAUGGAGCUGCGUCGCCUACUCACAACUCAAAGACCAAUGCAUUGUGGAUGGUUUGACCUACGAAGUGAAUCAGACUUUCACCAAACACCACGAUGAGGGCUACUUGAUGAACUGCACCUGUUUCGGUCAAGGCCGUGGACGCUGGAAGUGUGACGCUAUCGAUCAAUGUCAGGAGCCGGAAACCAGAGUGUUUUAUCAGAUCGGAGAUUCCUGGGAUAAACUUAUUCAAGGGAUCCACUACAAAUGUUACUGUUAUGGAAAUGGCAUCGGAGAAUUAAGCUGCGAGCCUCAACAGUCUUUCCCUGGUGGUCAUCGUCCAGUUCAGGUGAUUAUAACCGAAUCUGGCAACCAGCCCAACUCUCACCCGAUCCAAUGGAACGCCUCUCCUUCUGCACACAUCACACAGUACAUACUCAAAUGGAGACAGAAAAACAGUCAUAGCCAGUGGAUGGAGGCCAAUAUUCCAGGGCAUCUGAACUCUUACACCAUUGCUGGACUGAAGCCAGGAAUCACCUAUGAGGGUCAACUCAUCAGCAUUCUGCGUUUCGGACGCAGAGAAGUCACACGCUUUGACUUCACCACAAACUAUGGCUCAUUGUUACCUACCGGGGGAGAGACCACCCAGCCCCCUCCAGUGGUGGAUACCUCUGAAUCUGUGACUGAGAUCACAUCAAGCAGUUUUGUCAUCUCUUGGAUGUCUGCGUCCGACACAGUGUCUGGAUUCAGGAUUGAAUAUGAGCUGAGUGAGGAGGGGGGUCAGACUGGACAGCCCAUUGUUUUGGACCUGCCUCAUACGGCUACAUCGGUAAAUAUUAGUGAACUUCUCCCAGGAAGGAAGUACACAGUUAAUGUGUAUGAAGUGACCAAUCAAGGAGAACCAAAUCUGAUUCUUACCACUUCACAGACUACAGCUCCUGAUGCUCCUACUGACCAUGAAGUGGAGAAUGUGGAGGAUACAGCCAUUGUUGUCAGCUGGUCAAAACCUCAGGCUCCUAUCACGGGUUAUCGUGUGGUGUACACACCAUCAGAAGAGGGCAGUUCUGGCAGUACUGAACUGAAUUUGCCUAACACUGCCACCUCAGUGACCCUGAGUGACCUUCGGCCUGGUCGGCUCUAUAACAUCAGUAUCUACUCUGUUGAAGAAAGUUUAGAGAGUGAACCGGUUUUUGUUCAGGUCACCACUACUGGGGAGCCACUAGAGGAAGUCCCUUCUCCAACUGAUCUGCAGUUCUUCGAAGUGUCUGACUCCAAAAUCACAAUCACUUGGACCAGUCCCUCCACAGCUGUCUCCGGCUAUCGUGUAUCUGUAGCUGAAGUAGGUCCAGACGGACUGACAGAGAAAGAGACGCCGCUGCCAGUAACACGCAAUGCUUACGCUGAGGUCAUGAACCUCCGGCCUGGAACCCUGUACCGUUUCUUCAUCUUUGCUCUCGUAUCAGGGGAAGAAAGUGAACCACUGGUUGGGGAGCAAGCUACAAAGCCCGAUGCACCCACCAAUGUCCACUUUACUGAUGUUACUGAGGAGAGCGCUGUGAUCAUCUGGUCUGCUCCUACAGCUGAAAUCACAGGUUACCGACUCUUUAUCACUUUUGGGGGCUCGAACCCCAGACAACUGCGUAUUCCUGGCCACCUGUCACAGUACAACCUCAUCAACCUCGUGCCAGAUACUGAAUACACCGCCACCCUACACGCAGAGAAAAACAAUGUGCUCAGCGAGGGUUCUUCAGCCACUUUCACCACAAUUCAUCCAGUGGGAAAUGUUCCUCAGUUCAAAACUGAUGUCACAGACACUUCCAUCAUUAUCACCUGGUCUCCUGUUCCUAAAAUUGGAUACAAGUUGACCGUACGGCCCAGCCAAGGUGGUGAAGCCCCAAGAGACGAGACCUCAGAGUCUGGUACUAUCUUCAUCUCAGGCCUGAGACCUGGAGUUGAGUACACAUACAGUGUUCAGCCGGUCGUCAACGGUCAUAAGCAUGGCAACCCCAUCACCCAAAAAGUGGUCACCUCUCCUGAUGCUCCUACUGACCAUGAAGUGGAGAAUGUGGAGGAUACAGCCAUUGUUGUCAGCUGGUCAAAACCUCAGGCUCCUAUCACGGGUUAUCGUGUGGUGUACACACCAUCAGAAGAGGGCAGUUCUGGCAGUACUGAACUGAAUUUGCCUAACACUGCCACCUCAGUGACCCUGAGUGACCUUCGGCCUGGUCGGCUCUAUAACAUCAGUAUCUACUCUGUUGAAGAAAGUUUAGAGAGUGAACCGGUUUUUGUUCAGGUCACCACUACUGGGGAGCCACUAGAGCCCGAUUCACCCACCAAUAUUCACUUCACUAAUGUUACUGGGGACCGCGCUGUGAUCCUCUGGUCUGCUCCCAGAGCUGAAAUCACAGGUUACCGACUCUUCCUCACUUAUGAGGGCUCGAGCCCCAGACAGCUGCGUAUUCCUGGCCACCUGUCACAGUACAACCUCAUCAACCUCCUGCCAGAUACUGAAUACACCGUCACCCUACACGCAGAGAAAAACAAUGUGCUCAGCGAGGGCUCUUCAGCCACUUUCACCACAGUUCAUCCAAUGGGAAAUGUUCCUCACUUCAACACUGAUGUCACAGACACUUCCAUCAUUAUCACCUGGUCUCCUGUUCCUAAAAUUGGAUACAAGUUGACAGUAAGGCCCAGCCAAGGUGGAGAAGCCCCAAGAGAUGAGACCUCAGAGUCUGGUAAUGUCUACAUCUCAGGCCUGAGACCUGGAGUUGAGUACACAUACAGUGUUCAGCCGGUCAUCAACGGUCAUCAGCACGGCAAACCCAUCACCCAACAUGUGGUCACCCAGCCCGAUUCACCCACCAAUAUCCACUUCCGUAACGUAACUGGGGACAGCGCUGUGAUCCUCUGGUCUGCUCCUACAGCUGAAAUCACAGGUUACCGACUCUUCAUCACUUAUGAGGGCUCGAGCCCAAGACAACUGCGUAUUCCUGGCCACCUGUCACAGUACAACAUCCUCAACCUCGUGCCAGAUACUGAAUACACCGUCACCCUACACGCAGAGAAAAACAAUGUGCUCAGCAAGGGCUCCUCAGCCACUUUCACCACAAUUCAUCCAAUGGGAAAUGUUCCUCACUUCAACACUGAUGUCACAGACACUUCCAUCAUUAUCACCUGGUCUCCUGUACCUAAAAUUGGAUACAAGUUGACCGUACUGCCCAGCCAAGGUGGUGAAGCCCCAAGAGACGAGACCUCAGAGUCUGGUACUAUCUCUAUCUCAGGCCUGACACCUGGAGUUGAGUACACAUACAGUGUUCAGCCGGUCAUUAACGGUCAUCAUCAUGGCAACCCCAUCACCCAACAUGUGGUCACCCAGCCCGAUUCACCCACCAAUAUCCACUUCCGUAACGUUACUGGGGACAGCGCUGUGAUCCUCUGGUCUGCUCCUACAGCUGAAAUCACAGGUUACCGACUCUUCAUCACUUAUGAGGGCUCGAGCCCCAGACAACUGCGUAUUCCUGGCCACCUGUCACAGUACAACCUCAUCAACCUCGUGCCAGAUACUGAAUACACCGUCACCCUACACGCAGAGAAAAACAAUGUGCUCAGCAAGGGCUCCUCAGCCACUUUCACCACAAUUCAUCCAAUGGGAAAUGUUCCUCACUUCAACACUGAUGUCACAGACACUUCCAUCAUUAUCACCUGGUCUCCUGUACCUAAAAUUGGAUACAAGUUGACCGUACGGCCCAGCCAAGGUGGUGAAGCCCCAAGAGACGAGACCUCAGAGUCUGGUACUGUCUACAUCUCAGGCCUGAGACCUGGAGUUGAGUACACAUACAGUGUUCAGCCUGUCUUCAACAGUCAUCAGCACGGCAAACCCAUCACCCAACAUGUGGUCACCCAGCCCGAUUCACCCACCAAUAUCCACUUCCGUAAUGUUACUGGGGACAGCGCUGUGAUCCUCUGGUCUGCUCCCAAAGCUGAAAUCACAGGUUACCGACUCUUCAUCACUUAUGAGGGCUCGAGCCCCAGACAACUGCGUAUUCCUGGCCACCUGUCACAGUACAACCUCAUCAACCUCGUGCCAGAUACUGAAUACACCGUCACCCUACACGCAGAGAAAAACAAUGUGCUCAGCAAGGGCUCCUCAGCCACUUUCACCACAAUUCAUCCAAUGGAAAAUGCUCCUCAUUUCAAAACUGAUGUCACAGACACUUCCAUCAUUAUUACCUGGUCUCCUGUACCUAAAAUUGGAUACAAGUUGACCGUACGGCCCAGCCAAGGUGGUGAAGCCCCAAGAGAUGAGACCUCAGAGUCUGGUACUGUCUACAUCUCAGGCCUGAGACCUGGAGUUGAGUACACAUACAGUGUUCAGCCGGUCAUUAACGGUCAUCAUCACGGCAACCCCUUCACCCAACAUGUGGUCACCGAGCCCGAUUCACCCACCAAUAUCCACUUCACUAACGUAACUGGGGACAGCGCUGUGAUCCUCUGGUCUGCUCCUACAGCUGAAAUCACAGGUUACCGACUCUUCCUCACUUUUGGGGGCUCGAACCCCAAACAGCUGCGUAUUCCUGGCCACCUGUCACAGUACACCAUCCUCAACCUCGUGCCAGAUACUGAAUACACCGCCACCCUACACGCAGAGAAAAACAAUGUGCUCAGCAUGGGCUCUUCAGCCACUUUCACCACAAUUCAUCCAAUGGAAAAUGCUCCUCAUUUCGAAACUGAUGUCACAGACACUUCCAUCAUUAUUACCUGGUCUCCUGUACCUAAAAUUGGAUACAAGUUGACCGUACGGCCCAGCCAAGGUGGUGAAUCCCCAAGAGACGAGACCUCAGAGUCUGGUACUAUCUUCAUCUCAGGCCUGAGACCUGGAGUUGAGUACACAUACAGUGUUCAGCCGGUCAUUAACGGUCAUCAGCGCGGCAACCCCAUCACCCGACAUGUGGUCACCCAGCCCGAUUCACCCACCAAUAUUCACUUCACUAACGUUACUGGGGACAGCGCUGUGAUCCUCUGGUCUGCUCCCAGAGCUGAAAUCACAGGUUACCGACUCUUCCUUACUUAUGAAGGCUCGAGCCCCAGACAACUGCGUAUACCUGGCCACCUGUCACAGUACACCAUCCUCAACCUCGUGCCAGAUACUGAAUACACCGCCACCCUACACGCAGAGAAAAACAAUGUGCUCAGCGAGGGCUCCUCAGCCACUUUCACCACAAUUCAUCCAAUGGAAAAUGUUCCUCAUUUCGAAACUGAUGUCACAGACACUUCCAUCAUCAUCACCUGGUCUCCUGUACCUAAAAUUGGAUACAAGUUGACCGUAAGGCCCAGCCAAGGUGGUGAAGCCCCAAGAGAUGAGACCUCAGAGUCUGGUACUAUCUUCAUUUCAGGCCUGAGACCUGGAGUUGAGUACACAUACAGUGUUCAGCCUGUCUUCAACGGUCAUCAGAGCGGCAACCCUAUCACCCAACGAGUGGUCACCCAGCCCGAUUCACCCACCAAUGUCCAAUUUACUGAUGUUACUGAGGACAGCGCUGUGAUCCUCUGGUCUGCUCCUAGAGCUGAAAUCACAGGUUACCGACUCUUCCUCACUUAUGAGGGCUCAAAUCCCAAACAACUGCGUAUUCCUGCCCGCCUCUCACAGUACACCCUCCUCAACCUCGUGCCGGAUACUGAAUACACCGCCACCCUACACGCAGAGAAAAACAAUGUGCUCAGCGAGGGCUCCUCAGCCACUUUCACCACAAUUCAUCCAAUGGGAAAUGCUCCUCACUUCAACACUGAUGUCACAGACACUUCCAUCAUUAUCACCUGGUCUCCUGCACCUAAAAUUGGAUACAAGUUGACCGUAAGGCCCAGCCAAGGUGGAGAAGCCCCAAGAGAUGAGACCUCAGAGUCUGGUACUAUCUUCAUCUCAGGCCUGACACCUGGAGUUGAGUACACAUACAGUGUUCAGCCAAUCAUCAACGGUCAUGAGCACGGCAACCCCAUCACCCACCGAGUGGUCACCCCUCUUUCUCCACCCACUGAUCUGAACUUGGUCUCCAACCCAAACACCGGCGAGGUGAUCGUUCAUUGGAACGAUGCCAAAACUCCAGACAUCACUGGAUACAGAGUAACUUGUACCCCCACCAGUGGGCAAGAGGGGAACUCACUGGAAGAGUUUGUGAAGGCAGGACAGAACUCGUGCACGUUAGAUAAACUGAGUCCAGGAGUGGAGUACAAUGUCAGUGUGUACACUGUGAAAGACGACAUGGAGAGCGUUCCCGUCUCCACCACCGUCACUCCGGAUGUGCCUAAAAUAACUGACCUUAACUUUAUCAACAUCACUGACUCAACCAUUGGCGUCACAUGGAAGCCUCUGAACUCCACGGCUGUCACCGGGUACCGCAUCACAGUGGUGGCUGCUGGGGACAGUCUGCCCAUUCUUGUUGAAUAUGUGGAGCCCACAACAGGCGUCUAUACCGUGCAUGGUUUGGAGCCAGGGAUCGAUUAUAACAUCACCAUCACCACACUCACAGAAAAUGGCGAGAGCGAGCCCGUUACCACCAUCCAACAUACAGCUGUUCCCGUCCCAUCUAAUCUGUCAUUCAAAGAAGUGACUGCAGACAGCAUGAAGGUCACCUGGAAUUCCCCUCAGGUGUCCAUACCUUCCAAUAUCAACCGCUACAUUGUGCGCUAUCACCCUGUCGAUGACGAAGACGACACCGUUGAGCACACUGUGAAGGGAUACUCUAAUUUUGUCAAUCUUCAACAUCUGGUGCCCAACACCGAGUACCUGGUGAGCGUUCAGUGUGUCUAUGAGGGUAGGACAAGCUCACCUAUUAUUGGCACUAAGAGAACAGUCCUGGAUUCUCCCGUCGGCCUGCAGUUCUCUGACGUCGGCACCAACUCCUUCACCGUGCGCUGGCAGGCUCCUCAAGCGGUUAUCUCAGGAUACCGUAUCCACUAUCAGAUGACCAGCGGUGGGCGUGCCAAAGAGGAAAGACUGCCUCCAUCAAGAAGCCAUUUCACUCUUACAGGCCUGACCCCAGAGACAGAGUACAGCAUCAGCAUCUAUGCCGUCAGCGGGCACCGCCAGAGCCUCCCGUUGACUGGAACUCAGUCUACCAUCUCUGAUGCACCCACUGAUCUGGAAGUCAUCUCCUCUACGCCAACCAGCAUUACCGUUCGCUGGGACGCCCCCUCUGUCACUGUGAGGUACUACAGGAUCACGCAUGGCGAGUCAGGAGGUUUUGAUGCGCCUCAGGAAUUUACUGUCCCUGGCUCAGAGUCAACUGCCACCAUUGAUGGUCUCCGUCCCGGCACUGACUAUACCAUCACUGUUUAUGCUGUGACCGGCAGAGGGGACAGUCCUGCCUCCAGUACCCCCAUCCAUCUUAUACACAGAACAGAUAUUGACUCUCCAUCCGAAAUGGAGGUGACCGAUGUUAAGGACAAUACUAUAACUGUACGCUGGACUCCAGCAGCUGGUCCAAUCUCAGGGUAUCGUAUCACAGGGACUCCAUUAAAUGGACAGGGACCUGUCUUCUCUGAAGUGGUGGCACCAGAUCAAACGGAAAUGACGUUCUCAGGCUUGAUGCCGACAGCAGAGUACACAGUCAGCGUGUAUGCGCUGGGUCAGAAUGGAGAAAGCCCGCCAUUGGUAGAAACUGUAGUCACAACUGUGGACAAACCCAAGGACCUAACCUUCUCUGACGUGGACUCGACCUCCAUGCGCAUCUCCUGGGAGAGUCCUGAUGGUGUGGUCACCUCUUACAGAGUGUUAUUUUACAGUCCAGAGGAGGGCGAGAGAGAGCUGUUCCCUGCCCCGCGUGGAGAUGCGGAGUCUGCGGAGAUUCACGGCCUCAGACCUGGCACCGAGUACACGGUUAAAGUCAUUGCAUUGCAUGACCGGACCCUGAGCACACCUCUGGUGGGCACCCAAACAACAGCAAUUCCUGGACCCACCAGUGUGAAUUUCUCCAAAUUGAGUCCUACAUCCUUCACCAUCUCCUGGCCUUCUUCCAACGUCAAGCUUACUGGUUACCGCGUGGCCAUCACCCCCAAGAGUAAAAGUGGCCCUACUAAGGAGGUCAACAUCGCCCCCGACUCCACCGAGUUUCAUGCAACCGGACUCAUGCCCGGCACUGAUUAUGAAGUCGAGGUUUACGGUGUAAAGGAUUCCCUCACCAGCAAUCGUGUGAAGGCAGAAGUUGCGACACCCGACAACAUCAGUCCACCUCGACGUGUUCGUAUAUCUAACGUAAAAGACUCCUCCAUCACUCUCACCUGGCGCUCUAAGAUUGAAACUAUCUCCGGCUUUCUGGUAGAAGCCACGCCCACCACUGGCGGCCAUAAUCCUGUCCAGAGAAUCAUUGAACCUGAUUCACGCACAUACACUAUUACAGGUCUGGAGCCGGGAACCAACUAUAAGAUCAACAUGUACACUCUAAAUGGAAAUUCACGCAGUGAGCCAUUCACCCUUACAGCUACUACAGCUAAACCAGUAAUCAGUCCUCCUACAAACAUUCGCUUCACUACUUUGACCUCCAACACAAUCUCCUUCACCUGGGAGCCUCCACGAAGCACCAUCACCGGGUACUACAUCACUUAUGAGGAGGCUGGAGAUAUUCCAAAAGAGUUGACCCCUAGACCUCAGGCUGGCAGGACCUUUGCUUUUAUCUCUGGUUUGAAACCAGGCACUGAAUACGUUAUCAAGAUUGUUGCUUUAAAUAAUGCCCAGAGAAGCACUCCCCUGGUUGGAAAAGCAAGAACCCAAGCAGAAAGUCUCCCACUGCUGCCUCAGCUGCCCGAACCCAACCGACCCCGUAUUGAUAUCCUGGAUGUCCCAGAAGACAAUGACAACUUCAACAACUAUGUGCAAAUGUUGGGGCCAAACAGGCACAACACACAGGGGCAGCAGGGCCAACACGUCUACACUGAAUAUCAGAGCCUCAACUUGGGCCAGCACCCCCAUGCUCCAAACCACCGCGAGCCCCUAGUCUACAUCCCCCUGGCGGGAGCCGAUGGUCAAAGAGUUCCAGUGGUGAAGGUUAAUAGGGGUCCUGAACCAGGCUUCCCAUUUAUAGACCUUUACAAUGAGACAAACCUGCCCCAGGAAGCUCAGACACAGACCACAAUUAUUUGGCAGCCUGUGCCACACACUUCAGAAUAUGUUGUGUCCUGCAAUCCCAUUACAGAGAUCAAUGACAAGAGCUUUCAGAUGCGUCUGCCUGGUACGUCCAACAGCGCCACACUGAUCGGCCUCACUUCUGGUGCUUCCUACAAUGUUGUUGUGGAGUCCAUCAAUGGAGAACAAAAACAAAAAGUUUUAGAAGAUGUGGUGACUGCCGGAAACAGCGUUCCAGGGGCUGGAAUGAUUCCCACAGGAAAGGAUGUGUGUUAUGACACAUUCACCGCCACCUACCACGAGGUGGGAGCGGAGUGGGAGCGUAUGUCAGAGACCGGCUUUAAACUGUGGUGCAAGUGUCUCGGCCUCGGCAGUGGCCAUUUCAGAUGUGAUUCAGCCAAGUGGUGCCAUGACAACGGCCACAACUACAGAAUUGGUGAGAAGUGGGACCGUCAUGCCGAGAACGGUCACAUGAUGAGCUGCACAUGUCUGGGGAAUGGAAAAGGGGAAUUUAAGUGUGAACCUCAUGAGUCCAGCUGCUAUGAUGAAGGAAAGCUGUACCAGGUGGGCAACCAAUGGCAGAAGGAGUAUCUCGGAGCUAUUUGCACCUGUACCUGUUUUGGAGGACAACAGGGCUGGCGUUGCGAAAACUGCCGUCGACCUGGUGCCGAAGUUGACAUGGACCUCAUUCAGCCGCCAGUGCGCACAGAUGCUUUUGACCGCUACAGGGAGAACGCCCUACGUAAACUAAACAUCCAAUGCCCCAUCGAGUGCCUCAGACCAGAACUGCUAGCAGAUGCCCAGAGCCCUCAAGAGUAAAUGUACAUAUCAGCUUUGAGAGGACAUGGCCCUUAGAGACUGUUUUAGCUCCUUCAAUGUCCUUCUCUUCACCCACACUGCAAAUUCUGUCCUGCUGCUUCCACCCUGACGCCCAUCUGUGACAUCACGCCCCCAAGACCCCUCUUCCAAUUGGCUGAGACCUCAGCCAGUUGGUUGGUUGAUUCUUUACCUCUCACUGUUUAGAGGUAAUCCAAAGAAAGGAGAGCCGCCAUAUACAUCAAGACUCCAACGUUUUUUGGUUCUUCUCCACUAUACAUCAACGAAACCUUCCACGUCCUAUAGGAAUCAAAACACAUCUUGCCUUUUUGUUUUUCAGUAUUAUCACCUGAUUGCAAUGAUUUUAUAUGCAUUUUGUGACUUUGUGUAUUUUUAUCAGAGAUCAAAACGUUUAUUGGUGUCCUCUUCUAAAACAAGCACUGUCUUACAAUGAAAACCUUUGUGCCUUGUAGGCAUCUUUUUUUUGUACAAUUUAAUAUUCACCCCUCUUUAAUCUGAUUAGUUGGUUAAAAUCUGUGGCCUUUGUAUCCUUCAGGAGACAAAGGAAAGCACUGUUUUAAUGAAGUAAUAUUUUUUUUCUUUAUUUAUCCCUUUUAUGUUUGAGUUUUGAUGGAAUUCAGAUUAUGGGUGUAUGCGGUUUUGUUUUUGUGUUUUAGGUGCCAAAGUCUUAACUACUGUGGACAAAAAUACUUUUUGAUAAAACAUUUUUAGAAAAAAAA